CAGUGUUGGCAAUACACAUAGUGUAUGUGACAGUAUUACUGAACGGCGCGCUUCUCCUGUUUGCAUACCAGUGCUCUCUCUCUCUCUAACUCUAUGUCUAUGUGAGAGAGUGUGAGUUCAACCAACACCAUUAAAGCGCCAGUAGUUUUCGUUGGCCUCACACACAUACACAUACAUAAUGCCCCGUAAAGAGGAUCAAUUGGCCGCCGAUGACGACGAUGAAGAUGUAGAUCAAAGUGUCGGCGGCGACGAUGAUGGACAACAAGACAUCGGUGAAGGACAUCAUCAGUUUGGAGAUGAUGAAGACCAAGAAGAGAUCGAUGACGACAAUCAUGACGACGAUGACCAACAAGAAGACGGCGAAACCGAAAUGGAGGCCGAAGACGAUCAACUGUUAGACGAGACGACUACAGUCAACGAUGAAGAUUUCGGUGACGGUGUUGGCGUUGUUGCCGACCCCGCAACAGCUGAUGCCAUCGCCGAUGAUGGCCAAAACGAUAUGCAAGAAUUGCAGACACAGAAAAAAGGAAAGAAACGAAAGGGCAGAGAGAAUAGCGAGAAAAGAAAGGGCAAGAAAAAGAAGAAGAAGAAAACAACAGCCGAUGACAGUCCGGACGAGUUUUCAUUUAUUGACGAACAGUUGGCCGAAUUGGAGGCCGACUAUCAAAUUGAAUUGUCGACGUCUUCGUCGGCAAAGAAACAAUCGACUAAAAAAGGUAGCAAACAAUUGGAUAAAACACAGAAAAGUGUUGAAGAAAUUUGCCAAGAAUUUGAUUUAGAAGACGUUGUCUACGAGUACAACGAUGCCGACUAUCAAAACCUAACAAACUAUAAGCUAUUUUCACAGCACAUCCGGCCAUUGAUUGCCAAAACCAAUCCGAAGAUAGCAAUGGGGAAAAUGGUAACACUUAUAUCGGCCAAAUGGCGCGAAUUUAGUGCAAGCAAUCCACAGAAUAGUAUCGGCAGCGCUGGCGGUGGUGGUCAGCAACAGCCGACUGAACAGCAACUGCUAGCCGACGACGAGUCGACGCCGAAAAAGGGAAAGAAGCCGAAAGUCAAAUCGGUUCCGUCGAUCAAAAUCAAAAUCGGACGCAAAAAGCAUAAGACAUCGGACGAAGAAGACGAUGAUGACGAACCAAACAAGAGUGACGUAGAGUUUGAGGCGGCACUUGAAGAGGCGGACAGAGCGACACCGCCGCCAAAAGACAAGAAAAAGAGCAAAAAGUUCAAGAAGAAGAAGAAAACCAAAACAACGGCACCGUUUCCGUCGGCUAACGGCAAUUCGGACAAUGAGAAUGGCGGCUACGAGACUGACCAUCAGGACUAUUGCGAAGUUUGUCAACAGGGCGGCGAAAUUAUACUGUGCGACACUUGUCCGCGAGCCUAUCAUUUGGUUUGUCUGGAGCCUGAACUAGAAGAGGCACCCGAAGGCAAGUGGAGUUGUCCGCAUUGCGAGGGCGAAGGAGUACCCGACCAGGAGAUCGAAGCACCUGUCGAAGGGACGACCAAUAAUGAUCAUCACAUGGAGUUCUGUCGGGUUUGUCGAGACGGCGGCGAACUAUUGUGUUGCGAUCUGUGUCCGCUGGCCUAUCAUACCUAUUGUCUGAAUCCACCGUUGCGUACGGUUCCCGACGGCGAGUGGCAGUGUCCCAGAUGUUCAGUUCAACCAUUGAAAGGCAAAGUGGCCAAAAUAUUGACCUGGCGUUGGGCCGAAAUUAUUGACGACGACUUUGUACCGCCUAUCAGACUAACUGGCGAACCGCUUACCAAUGACGACAUUCCGGCCGCUCAGCCGUCGACCAGUAAAAAGAUUCAGCCAAAACCUCAGCGCGAAUUUUUCGUCAAAUGGCACGACAUGUCCUAUUGGCACUGCAGUUGGAUUAGCGAAGUCCAACUCGAUGUCUAUCAUCCAUCCAUGUAUCGAAACUAUUGCCGCAAAACCGAUAUGGACGAACCGCCGCCGCUCGAUGACGGCAGCUCUGGCGAUACUGUUACCGAAAAACCGGUUGUCACUGACGAUGUCGACGGCAGCAGUACCGCCGGUGCCGCUGAAGUAGCUGACGAGGACAGCGCCGAGAUUACCGCUGCAACUGGAAUGAAGCGCAAGGCAAUGAAGUACAAACGUGCGGCCAGAAGUGAUGUCAAUCUCGAAGAAAAGUACUAUCGCUACGGUAUUCGUCCCGAAUGGCUGAAUGUCCAUCGGGUUAUCAAUCAUCGGACACUGAGGGACAGUCGUAUUAUGUAUUUGGUUAAGUGGCGCGAUCUGCCCUACGAUCAGUGUUCGUGGGAGUUCAACGACAACUCGCAGAUCGAGUGCGAGAUUACCGACUUGAAGAAAGCCAUUGAAUCCUAUUGGGAUUUGCGAUGCACUAUGGGUUACGAUACGCAAAAGAAGUCGACUGACGGUAAAGGCAAGAAAGGAAAGGGCAAAAAACCGAAAGGUUCCGUCGGUGUCGAAGACUACAGCGAUCGCCGGUCGACUCCGCCACCGGAUAAGCCGAUUGUCGAUCCGAAAAAGAAAUACGAAUAUCAGCCGUCGUUUAUCGACGCUACUGGUAUGGAACUGCAUCCCUAUCAGCUGGAAGGUUGCAAUUGGCUCCGGUAUUCGUGGACACACAAUCGCGAUACGAUUCUAGCCGACGAAAUGGGUUUGGGAAAGACCAUCCAGACUAUUGUCUUUUUGUACUCACUGUUCAAAGAGGGUCACUGUAAGGGACCGUUUCUAGUAUCAGCACCGCUGUCUACUAUUAUCAAUUGGGAACGGGAGUUUGAAGUUUGGGCACCCGAUUUCUAUGUGGUGACAUAUAUCGGCGACAAAGACAGCCGAGCCGUCAUAAGGGAACACGAACUCAGCUUCGAAGAGGGCGCCGUCCGGGGCGGUGCCAAAGCUUCCCGUAUACGUAAGGACGUGCCGAUCAAGUUUCACGUAUUGCUUACAUCGUACGAACUUAAUUGUAUCGAUUCGGCAACACUUGGUUCAGUUGAAUGGCAAGUACUAGUGGUCGAUGAAGCCCAUCGGCUGAAGAAUAAUCAGUCAAAAUUUUUCCGAAUUAUGCGCGAAUACAAAAUCAAUUACAAACUACUAUUGACGGGAACACCGCUACAGAACAAUCUGGAAGAGUUGUUUCAUUUGUUAAACUUUUUGAGUCCCGAUAUAUUCAAUGAUAUGCAAGGCUUUCUGAAUGAGUUCGCCGACAUUGCCAAAGAAGAACAGGUGAAGAAACUGCACGAUAUGUUGGGUCCGCAUCUACUCAGACGAUUGAAGGCCGACGUACUCAAAGGCAUACCAGCGAAGAGCGAGUUCAUUGUCAGAGUCGAUUUGGCACCGAUGCAGAAGAAAUACUACAAAUACAUUCUGACCAGAAAUUUCGAAGCACUGAAUACCAAAGGUGGCGGACAACAGGUUUCGCUCGUCAACAUUAUGAUGGACUUGAAAAAGUGUUGCAAUCAUCCGUAUCUGUUUCCGGCUGCGGCACAGGAGGCUCCGAAAAUGCCUAACGGUGCCUACGAAGGAACCGCAUUGGUCAAGGCUUGCGGCAAAUUGAUUCUACUGAAGGAUAUGAUGACCAAACUACGGGCUGACGGCCAUCGAGUGUUGAUAUUUUCCCAAAUGACCCGAAUGUUAGACAUAUUGGAAGACUUUCUCGAAUACGAAGGCUAUAAAUACGAACGAAUUGAUGGCGGAAUUACUGGAACCCUACGUCAGGAGGCUAUCGAUCGAUUCAAUGCACCCGGUGCUCCACAAUUUUGUUUUCUAUUGUCCACCCGUGCCGGUGGACUGGGUAUCAAUUUAGCCACUGCCGACACGGUUGUCAUAUACGAUUCGGAUUGGAAUCCGCACAACGAUAUCCAGGCAUUCAGUCGCGCCCAUCGUAUAGGUCAGGCCAACAAAGUGAUGAUCUAUCGGUUUGUUACCCGAGCUUCGGUUGAGGAACGUAUCACACAAGUGGCCAAAAAGAAGAUGAUGUUAACACAUUUGGUUGUACGGCCAGGACUAGGCAGCCGAUCGGCUGCAAUGUCCAAACAAGAGUUGGACGAUAUUUUGCGAUUCGGUACCGAAGAGCUGUUCAAAGACGAAGAGGGAACAACUGAUGAGUCGACCAUUCACUACGACGAUGCGGCCAUCGAUGGUCUGCUCGAUCGGACUCAGGAAGGUAUCGAACAGAAGGAAAUGUGGGCCAACGAGUAUCUGAGUUCAUUCAAAGUGGCCUCUUAUGCCACCAAAGAUGUCGACGAAGACGAACCCGAAACUGAAGUACUGAAACAAGAUGUCGAAAGUGCAGAUCCGGCCUAUUGGGAGAAACUGUUGCGCCAUCACUACGAACAACAACAGGAAGACUUGGCCCGAACACUGGGUAAAGGCAAACGAGUGCGAAAACAAGUGAAUUAUAACGAUGCCGUUGCCGGCAAUCAAGAGGAACAUCACUGGAAUGAAACCAUUGAGGACUAUAAUUCAGACUUUUCGCUACCGUCGGGCAAUGAAGACGAUGACGACGAUUUCGAGGAGAACAAAGAAGAGAAAGCCACCCGAAGACGACGAGAACGGGGCGAAAAAGACAGACCACUGCCGCCUCUGUUGGCUCGAGUUGGCGGCAAUAUUGAGGUUUUGGGAUUCAAUGCCCGCCAGAGGAAGGCUUUCUUGAAUGCCAUAAUGCGCUACGGAAUGCCACCGCAGGACGCCUUCAACUCUCAAUGGUUGGUAAGGGAUCUCAGAGGUAAAUCCGAAAAGAAUUUCCGGGCCUAUGUAUCACUGUUUAUGCGACAUCUGUGCGAACCGGGCGCCGAUAACUCGGAAACAUUUGCCGACGGAGUUCCACGAGAAGGACUAUCCAGACAGCAUGUGUUGACCAGAAUCGGUGUAAUGUCAUUGAUUCGCAAGAAAGUACAAGAGUUCGAACACAUUAACGGUACGAUUAGUGUAAUACUACCCGAACAGGACGAGACCGUACAGAACGGCGCUACCAAUGGUUCGACGACUGCUGUUUCAUCGUCGUUGACGACACCGAACGAUAGUAAGGCUCCGUCGCCGUCGACCACAAACACUACAGAUAUUAAAGACAUGACCGAUGGCGGCGACCAAAAGGUUGUUGUCGGCGAAAGCGAAGAGGAGAAGACUAGUGAAAAGAUUGACGAGACGUCGACUCCUAAAAGUGAUAUCAAAAGUGACGACAAAACGGACCAACAGACGACUGUUGCUGAAGAAGAGGACAAUAGCUUAAAGACUACGACGACGAAAGACACUGAAGAGAAGUUAGAUAAAGAGAUAAAAGUUAAGACAGAAGACUCGCCAAUGGAUGAAUUAAAGACCGAAAAGACUCAACAAAAUGGUAACGAUUCGGAACCUAAAAUAACAACAGAUUCAACUGAAAUUACUAAUGGUAAAGACGAAACGGUAAAGAACGAUGAGAACAAAGAGCUGAAUGGUGGCAAAGAUUCAGCAGAUCCGAUGGACACCACUGAUGACGAUCAGCUUAAGCCAAGCGAAAACAAGAAAGUAUUGGCAAAACAAAAGUUUAUGUUUAAUAUAGCCGACGGAGGUUUUACUGAAUUGCAUACUCUGUGGUUGAACGAAGAAAAGGCUGCCGUUCCCAUUCGUGAACUGGAAAUCUGGCACCGCAGGCACGACUACUGGCUGCUGGCCGGUAUUGUCCGACACGGCUACGGCCGCUGGCAGGACAUUCAAAACGACGGUGCGUUUACUAUUAUUAACGAACCGUUCAAAAUGGAUGUCGGCAAAGGAAACUUUUUGGAAAUUAAGAACAAAUUUCUGGCCCGACGUUUCAAACUACUCGAACAGGCGCUGGUAAUCGAAGAACAACUACGACGAGCAGCCUAUUUGAAUCUGACUCAAGACCCGACUCAUCCGGCAAUGGCACUGAAUGCCCGAUUUGCCGAAUUGGAAUGUUUGGCCGAAUCACACCAGCAUCUGAGCAAAGAAUCGCUGGCCGGCAACAAACCAGCCAACGCUGUACUACACAAAGUUCUCAACCAAUUGGAAGAGCUGUUGUCGGACAUGAAGUCCGAUGUUAGUCGUCUGCCGUCGACUAUAGCACGGAUACCGCCCGUUGCCCAGAGAUUACAGAUAUCCGAAAGAGGUAUUCUAUCGAGACUGACAGGUCAGCCGCAACCGCAGCUAAAUAUGGCCGAACUGAUGAGUGGCCAGACAUUGCCGCCGGCGUUCACCAAUCAGGCACCGCCUAAAUAAUAAUAAUAAUAAUAAAAGUCCGCAUAUAGUCAUCAUUGCAUGAGUUGUGUUGCAUAAAUAGCAUACGAUUUGAUAUAUUUGGAUAAUAAUAAUAAUAAGUUAAUUAAUUAAUAGUU